CGGUCCUUGUACGGAUCUCGGGCAGGCGCCCCCCGGGGGCGGGAAGCGGGUAAGGAGGCAAGAGGUCCCUCCAGGAGGCGGUGUCAGGCUACCUUGGGGCAGAGGUUUCGGAGGGCCGUGGACCGGUCUGCGGCGGACAGCUGUGAGUGGGCCAGAAGCUUUCCGGAACCCAAGGGGGCGAGGCCCAGCCAGGCCUCAGAGCCCCAAAGCAUGGAGCCGCAGGUUAAUCUAAAUGUGACUUUUAAAAAUGAAACACAAAGCUUCCUGGUUUCAGACUCAGAAAAUACAACCUGGGCUGAUGUGGAAGCAAUGGUAAAAGUUUCAUUUGAUCUGAACGACAUUCAGAUAAAAUACCUGGAUGAGGAUAGUGAAGAGGUGUCCAUCAAUAGCCAAGGAGAAUAUGAAGAAGCCCUUAAGAUUGCAGUUAAAGAGGGGAACCAACUGCAGAUGAAUGUCUAUGAGAGGCAUCAUGCUGUAGAUGAAGCCCCACAGCCUGUUUACAAGCAUCCACAGGAUCCACCUGGGACCGAAAAACAACUAGCUGUUCGGGCAGGGAAGAAGCCACUUGCACAUUACUCUUCAUUGGUGAGAGCCCUGGGAUCAGAGAUGAAAACACAAGAGGAGCCCACAGCACAGCUUUCACUGACUCCCUGCGAAGCUGACAAGCCUCAAGAUAAGCCACCAGACUGGUUCACAAGGUACUUGGAGACGUUUAGAGAGCAAGUGGUUAAAGAAACGGUUGAGAAACUUGAUCAGAAAUUAAGGGAGAAGCUGCUCCUCCAGGGUCCAUCUUUGGAAUCUUGCUCCUCAGCAUUAUCCAUGCCUGUUUCAGAAGAAACAUUGUCGUUGCCAGGAAACCAGUGUGACUGGCUUAUGACUUGCAGCAACUGCCAAAGAAGAAUCAUCGGCAUACGUUACCAGUGUAGCCUAUGUCCGUCUUAUAAUAUAUGUGAAUUGUGUGAAGCAGGGUCAUAUGCCCACGACCCUAACCACAUCCUCUUGAAGCUCCGGAGACCAAUUAUGGGUUCCUCUGAAACAUAUACUCACACAAAGCUCUCCCCUCCUCGUCUGCCAGCUGCUCUGGAGCAAGUCAGGCUCCAGAAGCAGAUGGACAAGAACUUUCUUAAGGCAGAAAAGCAAAGGUUGCGAGCUGAGAAGAAACAGAGAAAGGCAGAAGUUAAAGAACUUAAGAAGCAGCUUAAGCUUCAUAGGAAAAUUCAUCUGUGGAACUCUAUCCAUGGGCUUCAGAGCCCCAAAUCACCCCUUGGUAGGCCAGAGAGCCUCCUUCACUCAAGUACUCUAAUGCUCCCCAUGCAACCUUGUGCUCCAGUUGUGCCAACUUUGAGUGCAGCAUUUGUGGAUGAGAAUGUGCCAGAUGGGACCCACCUUCAACCAGGAACCAAAUUUAUCAAACAUUGGAGGAUGAAAAAUACAGGAAAUGUCAAAUGGAGUGCAGAAACAAAGCUGAAAUUCAUGUGGGGAAACCUAACGUUGGCCUCUACUGAAAGGAAGGAUGUUUUGGUGCCCCAUUUAAAGGCUGGCCAUGUGGGAAUUGUGUCUGUUGAGUUCAUAGCCCCAGCCUUAGAGGGAACCUAUACUUCACAUUGGCGCCUUUCUCACAAGGGUCAGCAGUUUGGGCCCAGGGUCUGGUGCAGCAUCAUAGUGGACCCUUUCCCUACUAGAGAAAAUCUUGAAGAGAGUGAAAAAGUCUCUUUCAGCACAAACAAAGUUGAUGAUCUCUCCUGUCAGCAAGAGGAGGCUUUCUCACUUGCUAAAGAGGAAAUUCAGAUGGAUGAAGUGACUGAGUCAACAGAGGGAGUUGAAACUUGCAUCCCUCGGAAGAUCAAAAGUGAGAGGGAACUCUACAUCCCAUCUGUGGACCUUCUCACUGCCCAGGAUCUGCUGUCAUUUGAGUUAUUAGACAUAAACAUUGUUCAGGAGCUAGAGCGAGUGCCCCACAACACCCCAGUGGAUAUGACCCCCUGCAUGUCUCCUCUACCACAUGACAGCCCUUUGAUAGAGAAACCAGGUUUGGGGCAGAUACAAGAGGAGAGUGAAGGGACAGGAUUUAAAGUGCUUCCUGAUUCCACAGUGACAUCAAAGAAUAAGGCUGAGAACACUGUUCCUGCAGAAGAAGGUGAAGAAGACCUGAGUGGGACCCAAUUUGUCUGUGAAACUGUAAUCCGCUCCCUUACCUUGGAUGCUGCUCCUGACCAUAAUCCACCUCGAAGACCCAAGUCCCUGCAGAGCUCUCUGCAUAUGCUGCCUGACAACUACAAUUAUGGUAUCAGGAGUGAAGAAACCAUCAGAACUCCGUUCUCCCCUUCUCUAGAAGGAGAGUCCCAGCCCCAGCUCAUUGAGGAGAGGCAGCUAGUCCAGUCAGAUGGCUUCAGCAAAGAGAAAUCCUCAUCAAAUUCCGUUCUUCCUGAGGAGAGACUGAUGAGUGAUGAAAAAAAGGACACUGUCCAGGUGGUAGAGGAGGAAGAGGAGGAGGAGGAGGAACUUAAAGAUGAAGUCCGAAGUCAAGGCUCUUCUGCUUCUUCUGAGGAUUACAUCAUCAUCUUGCCCGAGUGCUUUGAUACAAGCCGCCCCCUGGGGGAGUCCAUGUAUAGUUCUGCUCUCUCACAGCCAGGUCUGGAGCGGCUCAUGGAGAUAGAGCAAGUGGUCAAGACUGAGCAACAGCCAGCUGAGGCUUAUGAAGGGCUCCCUAGAGGGGAAAACCAGCUGCAAGAGCACAGCAUCAACGAUAUCCUGACAACAUCUCAGACUCUGGAUGCAGUGCUUCUGACUCCAGAGGUGGUGGGGCCUCCAGGACAGCUGCCCAGCAGUCCUUCAUGUCUUCAGAAUAUUAAUUCUGCAGAAACAGAUUUGCCAGUUACCAUUCAAGAAUUUUCUCCAGUUCCUGAUCAAGUAAGAGGAGAGCCCAGGGCUUCAUCGGGACUUGUGAAUAGUAGACAGAAGAGCUAUGAAAACUCAAGGUACUACCAUGGCAGUAGCAUUACUGGAGGGCUGGUGAAGGGUGCUAUGUCUUUUGCUGCCUCUGCCUACAAGGCCCUAUUUGCAGGGCCACCGGUCACUGCUCAGCCUGUAGUUUCUGAAGAUCAGACCGCAGCCCUGAUGGCCCAUCUGUUUGAAAUGGGGUUCUGCGAUAGGCAGCUGAACCUGAGGCUGUUGAAGAAGCACAACCAUAACAUCCUGCAGGUUGUGACUGAAUUACUGCAGAUCAACAACAACGACUGGUACACUCAGCGCUACUGAGGAGCUGCCUUCGACUGGAGGGAACUGUUGUAUUAAAUAACUCAGCCUGCUGCUCAGAGAUGACUUUAUUCUGUUAUUGGGGUGUGGGGUAGGAGGACUUCGCUUCCUUAUUUUUUAACCUGAAGAGUCUGAUGUGUAGUUCAUCGUUGCAACUUCAUGUGCAUCACAGUAUUCUUUGGAUCCAAUCAAAGACCAGAACUUACAUUUUUACCUUAGACUGGAUGGGUAGGAAGACAAUUUAAAAAUCGAUUUGGAUUAAUCACCCUUUCUUUCCCCACUAUUUCUCCCUUUUAGAGAGAGCAUUUAAGACAAUGAUUUGAACUUUAUUUAGAACGAAUGUUCUCCUUGUACUGAAGUUGAGUGUGUUUGUCUGGUUUUGAUAUUUUUGUCUGGUUGGUUUUGAUGUGUUGUGGUUUAAUAUGGAAGCCCCAGGGAAGAGAGGCAGCCUAGUACUGCCACUACCACACAAAGUAUACUUGAUGAAAGAGAAAAACGGAUAGUAGUUGUUGGAAAGUCUGUUUUUCAAAGAUUCCCAGUAACAUUUUAAAGAGUAACCACCUUCAUUCCUGGAUUUCAUUGGUGUAAGAGGUAGGAGGGGUUAACUCACCAGCACCUACUGAGCAGCAUCAAUUGUAGUAUUUUUACAUUUUUCUUUAAGGAAAAAAUUUUUAAGAAAAAUAGGUAGGAUAAAAUAUUUUGCUAACAUAAUUAGACGAUGGGGGGAGGUCAAUUUUAAUGAAUAUCUUUUCCCCCUAAUGAUGAUGGAGAGAUCCUCUUAUUUUUCGAGAGACUAGGGGAAAAAUAGGAAUAUUUUAAAAAGAGAGAGGCAGGGUCCUAUAUUAAUUCCAAUAGAAUUUGGGAUGGGCAAAUGAGAGUAUGUGGCACAGGAGUACUUGUUUUUCUAACAGAAACUGGUCAAAAGUAGCAUUUGGGCCAAUAAAGUAGGAAGAAAGGCUGGUGUACAAGUGGAUUUUGCAGGGCACCCUGGGACAGUUAAGCCAUGCAAUCUGUUCACGGUGUGAAGUUAGAGAAGAUGUUUGGUUUUAAAACCCCGGCUAGGUAGAGGUAAAGUUUUUGCAUUCCACCUGGUCUUGGGUGUGGUCUGAGAUGAGAGGAGGAGGGUGUAAUCUUUUAGAAAUAUUACUGAAAUACUCAUAAUGAGGAGAAAAGAGUAUGGCGGUAUUUGAUUCAAGGAGGGAGGGACUGGUUGUUAAAUAGUGUUAUUUACCUGGUUGGUAUUUAUAAUUAACAGGAUGAUUAUAAUUAUUAGCCACCAAUAAGGAAAAAUUAUUUACAGUAUAACCCAGAAUGCUAUAUUAAAUAAAGCUGUGGGAUGGAUUGUCUGGCCAGGAAGCCUGUUUUCUUAUUUAAAACGUAUUUUUAUAGGGGUUCCUAGGCAGAGGGCGGAUGAUCAGGGCACCUGGGACUUACUGUUUGCAGAAAGGGCCUUUUGAGCAAUCGGCCCCACGUGGGCUUCCGGUGGGGUCCAGGUGACGCACCGGGGCUGGGCAGCGCACCUCUGCAGCUGUAACGCAACCUGUUGUUGAAAUAGUCUAAUAAAGGUCGCUUAAACUCA